UUAUAACCUUUUAAAUGGAAUAACAAAAGUAUAAGAAUGGCAAAGAAAAAGAAUAACUAUGUGACAUUUUCAACAACUUUUCAUAAAAGGAUUCUUGGUUUGAAAAAAAACAAAACACCUUUGCGGCUUAGCUUUGUUGAACAUUUUUCGUGUAGAUUAUAUAAAAGAACGACCACACCGCUCUGAAAGAAGAAUCGGCUCUGCAGCUCUCGAUUGCCAAUCGGCUGAUUCUAACCACAAAAUCUAAUUGGAAUAUUGAUAAAGACUUGAGUAAUAUCACCAAACUGCACUUCUGGUUAUAUUCUUAUUUAUAUUCUUUUUUUUUAGUUCUGUUUGUCAAUUGCUCUUCUAUAAAUAUUGAGUGGGGGUCUUUACACUUCCCUUUGGUUCCUAACUGAAGCGCUCAACCUACUUGAGGAAGAAAGCGCGGCACGCAGCUCCCGACGUGCUCGGGUGACACGUUUCCUUAAACACGUGUUUUUCGUUUCACCUUCCACCUGGGAAGCCGCUACUCACGCUUGCUAAAGGAGGAGUUACUCCGAAGUUUCCCCGUCUGCGGCCUCCCUCUUUCUUCCCGCCCGUAGAGCGGCUGCCGGGGCCGAGCGGGAACGGUUCGUCCUCCGCCUCUGGCGCUAAAGAGUCCCCGCCCCAGACCAUAAAAGGGGCCGAAGGGAGCGAGCGAGCGUGAGCCAUGGCGGCCACCCGGCUACCCCCGACGGCCUUAAGCCUGAAGCAGUUCCUGAGGAGACAGCAAGUUCUUCAGUUAUACAGAAAAAUCCUCAAGACCAUUCGUCAGAUCCCCAAUGAAGCAGAUCGUUGCUACAUGAGAGACUGGGCGAGGGAAGAUUUCAAAAGGAAUAAAGAGGCUACAGAUGAGGAGACAAUUAAGAUGAUGAUCACUCACGGCAACCUACAGCUUCAGGAGCUUGAGAGAACAUUAAAAUUGGCGAAAUCCUAGACUUAAUUCUGCUUACAUGUCAAAGAAAUUUUUUCUUGCAACUAACUGCAAAGACAUUAAGUGGGAGGAGCCCUGCUGAUAAUCCGAAGAUGCCCUGUGUAAACUUCUCAAAAGUUUAAUGGAAGACCUGUUGAAUAUUCUGUCAUGGUAUAAAUGCCAUAAUGCCUGAAGGUGCAAUGAAUAAAAAGACAAGCAAUAACAGCAGCAUCUGGACAAUUCAUGUGAAAAGUGCAGAAGUAGAGAAAGGGAAUUUGAUAUCUUAGAUUUAUGAAUUACACUUGUAAAUACAAGAAUACCAUCACUCAUUGGAACUAUUUAUCUUUACAUGCAUUAUGUUUACCUAGAGAGUUCCACAAAGUAAAGAACUGAAUGUUUAGCAGUGCUGCACAAAGCUUUGAAGAGAUGAUUUAAUGAAGUAGAAAUAUGCCUUUGAACUGAAUCAUUGAAUUUAAUCUCCAAGGUAAUAAAGCUACUCAGAGUGGCUUCAGUUCAGAUUUGAAGGGUGUUCUAUGGACUUCUGAUACUUUCUGGCUUCGGUGUUGUAUUUUUCUUCUUCUAAAACAACUGUUGAAGAAGAAUGGACUGUUUUCUUAUAGUGACAUGAGAGUUGACCAGUGUUUAUUAUAUAUAUAAUAUAUACAUAUAUAUUUGUACAUAUAAUAUAUACAAACAUAUAUUAUAUUUAUAUAUAUGUUUAUUUGCAACCAUAGGUUUUAGCAAAAUAGUUAGCCAGUCAAUUUUAUCUCUUUAGAACUAUGCCUAUAGUUCAUGUACUUGGGUGAACAAGUACGGAGUGGAUCCAAUGUUGUUGUUAUAUAUCUCUGGCUCUUCUGUUAGAAUUUGUUUAGGCAAGUUUAUUUGUAAAAAGAAAAAUAAAGAGAUUCAGUUUUGCUACUCUUUUUUAAAAUCUUACUCUAUUCUCCAAAUCCUUAAUAAUACCUAUAGUGUACUGUCUAGCUGCAGAUGUUUAGUCUGAACCAGUAUGCUU